GAAAAUAACAAUAAUAAAAAAGACCCGAUGCCUGAAUUUUCCAAGGACUAUAACAUAUUAAUUGGCAUAUUACAAUCGGAGAGUGCUACCUUGGCAUCCAUUCUAGAAUGUGGCGGUCGCUCAAAAGUGUAUUCCACACACAUCUUUGUGCGUCGAGCGGCCCGUCUGGUGGCACAGAUUGGUCGAAAACUCGCCCCAUCCCUGCAGCGAAAACGCCUUCCCGGCAAUAACCCGGACGCAGGCCGAACGGCCGCACUGCAUCGAGCCCACCAAUCCUGCAGGCUGACGGCUGAAGCAGCCACAAAUGAAUUAGCGGCUGGUCGAAUCGACACAAUCCCACUCGCCAUCGCAUUGCUAAGCGGCGCCGCACGGCUGGGGUGUACAUUAGGUUGCGUAUUGCGCUUAACACAGGGUCGGGACCAUUGUGUUUCCCAUUGGGGCGCUGACUAUGUGAAUCGAUUAGAAAAUUUGAUGCGGACGCCAUCAGGAAGAAAGCAACCUCGGGAUAAGGCAAAAACGGAUAAUGGCGUUGGAAGCUCGAAGAAAUCAAGACUAGAAAACAGCAAUCCAACCUUUGGAAAUGUUGUCGAUGCCCUUAUCUAGGCUUGAUAAUUGCAUCUGUCUUAGACAAACAAAAAUGGUAACGAAAUUACACAGAUAUUUCCAUGUUUUUAUGGAUAUGCGUCAUCGAUACGACCCCGGGCCCCUUAAAACGUUCAUAAUGUUUAGUCACAUAAAUAUUUAUGUCCAUACAA